AUUUUCUUACCUUCAAUCAAGCCCUUUCAAUUAUAUUUGAUAAAGCUCAAAGUGAAGCCAAUGGCUUUGACCAUGGGCACACAAGUGCUUCUUUUAGUGACCAUAACUGCUGCUAUAUUGGUUGUUGGAUCGAGUAAUGCAAACUUGCAAAGGGGUCCCCAAAAUUGGAACUUCAUGGGGAACUAUACUAACGAGCCGUUUAGAAAACCCAACCAUGUUCAGGAGUCUAGACGAAUUAUUGUUGGUGGAUCUGAUAAUUGGCGUUUUGGCUUCAAUUACACCGAAUGGGCUAGGACAAAUGCCCCAUUCUUCUUCAACGACACUCUAGUGUUCAAAUUUGAUCCACCUAGCGAGAGCAAUAUACAUCCCCAUAGCAUUUAUCUGCUACCAAAUCUAUGGAGCUUUUUGAGGUGCGACUUAAGAUGGGCGAAACUUGUGGCAAACACGUCGCAAGGUGGAGGAGAAGGGUUUGAAUUUGUGCUCAACAAAUGGAAACCAUACUACUUUGCUUGUGGUGAAAGCAAUGGUUUUCAUUGCCAAUCUGGAAUGAAGUUCUUUGUGAUGCCAACGUUUCGUUGGUCAUAGUAAACCCCAUCGAUUAUGGAAAUAAGAAUAAAUCAAGUGAACAUUUCUGCUUAGAUCUUCAGAUUAAAUG